AUGAUUCUUGAAAACAAAGGAAGAGCGAUAUGCCGGUACAACCAAAAUGAAGUUUUGCCAAAUAUCGAAGGAGUAGCCGUUGGUAUGCAAAAGUAUAGGGCAAAUGGAAGAGAAGUACACAAUCGCGACAUUCAUCACGCCCUUUGUACUGAUUCGGUGGAGCACGUUUAUAGGGCUCAUAAUCAGCCGCCGAUAGAGUAUUGGCACGAUGAUUUGUUUGACGAAUCAGAUGAGGAUUCUGAUAUGUUCGUUGAGAGCAAAGAUUUUGAUGAUGAGAGUGACGUUCAGGAGAAUGAUGAAGACGAUGAGGUCGAUGACGAGGACGAUGAUUCCAAGUGA